AAAUAGUUACGUUUUUAUUACAAGUGUAAUAUUUAAGAAAUAAAGAGGAAAGAGUAAAUUACAGAGAAUCCCCCAAAGUAUAAAAUCCAAGAAACGACGCUUAUGUAACUCAUCCAGAAUUUCGCAUGACGAAAAUUUCCUAAACCUCUUCAACUUAUCUCAGCUUCAAACAUUACGAGCUACAUAAAACCCAUGAAUGAUAAUUCAUGCGUAAAUGUUUAUUCUUAUUCGUAAUCAAUAUUUGUAUGAAAUCAUAGCCUUAUCACUGCGUAUAAAUACCAAAACUCUCCUUUUAACCUCCACCGUACAAAUAUCUCUUACAAACGAUCAAGAGAUCAUUCAUCGAAUAAUUUCGACAACAAACGCAGCUCAUUUCUUAUCGCAAAAUGUUGAAAUUCUUAACAAUUGCGUCUAUUUUUCUCACGCCAAUCGCUGCCAACGAACUAGGAAAAUUCGUUGAAACAAACAAAGAUUUCGCAGCUGCCGUAUACACAAAAGCAACCAAACACAAAGGCGAAAACUUUUUAAUUUGUCCCCUCUCUGCUGAAAUCGUGCUAACUCUCGCCCAAAACGGCGCCAAAGGCAAAACCCGCAGCGAAAUCCGAAAAGCCCUUUAUCUUCCAGACUCCACUGAAGAAAUCAACUCAAUUUUCAAGAAAGUCGUCACUGAUUUGAAGAACCAUGAAGGUUUUACGCUUCGCUCGGCUAAUAGAAUCUACGUCAAAGAGAAAUACCCAAUCAAAGAACGUUUCGUGAAGGUAGCGACCGAAAUUUAUGACUCUUCUUCCGAGAAUGUGGACUUCGGGAAACCUAAGGAGGCCGCGAAAGUCAUCAAUGAUUGGGUGGCGCAAGAAACCGACGAUAAAAUCCACGAAUUAAUAAAUGAAAAAAGUCUUCGUGAAGACACAGUCGCGGUUUUAGUGAACGCGCUGUAUCUUCAAGCCAGUUGGAGGAAACACUUCAAGAAGACGCUAACCCGAAGCAGAGAUUUCUACAAGAGCGAAGAAAACGUGGUCCAAGUGGACACGAUGAUGAAGAGCGACUACUUCGGGUACUUCGAGAAUAAAAAGCUUGAUGCGAAGUACUUGCAGAUGCAGUUUAAGGGUGGGCGCAAUGGGAGCAUGGUUGUGGUGUUACCUAACGAGAAAGAAGGGUUGAAGAAGCUGGAGGGGAAAAUUGGUGAAGUUUAUCGAUCGGAUUUCUUGUGGGAGUACGUCGAUGUGACUUUGCCUAAAUUCAGAAUCGAGACGAGUAUUGACUUUAAGAAGAUUUUGAAAAAAUUAGGUGUGAAGAGAGCUUUUACCAGGGCUGACUUUAGUGAAAUGGCUGGUAAAAAGGGAGAGGUUGCCAUAACCGACGUGGUGCAAAAGACGUAUAUCGAUGUUAACGAAAAUGGAGUGGAGGCGGCUGCCGCCACAGCAAUAAUGUAUCACCCCAAAAGCUUGAUGGAUUUCUUUGGAGAGAAGAAAAGCUUCAUCGCUGAUCACCCUUUCUUAUUUUACAUAAUUAUAGAUGACAUUGUUGUUUUUACAGGAAGAGUGGUGUCCCCCUCAGGCUAAAGUACAACCUGAGAAUGCGUCGUCAUCGAAUAUUUUUUAAAGAUAGUCUAGUCAAACCUUGCGUAAAAUUUAUUUAUCGUGUGGUUGUUAUUGACCUCAUGAACUAGUUCUUCGUAUUUUGAUAAAAGAUAGUGUGUGGUGACAAAGUGCAUCGAAAAUAAAUAAGUUUGAGAAAAACAA